CGUACACAUGGUCGAGGUGGAAAGAUCGUUCGUUCUGGCGGGCAGUUUGUUUGAAGGCAAAACAAAAAAAAUCGCAACAGCCGGCGGUGGUGCCGAUAAGAACGCGAGAAUUCAAAGUGCGCGCGAGCGCAAGUGCCUGGAUUCCAAGCGCGCGCGGAUUCAGCCGUGCGUAACUUUAAUUGUUAUUCGAGUGUUUUAAGCGCGAUGGUGCUUUGUUUUGGAACGGCCCACGCUUAGGUAAUGACUCGUGUUUUGGGUGGUGUUGACGAGAAGAACGUGACAUUUUUUCCCGAGCGGGAGAAAACAGCACCCAGUCGGUGCGGGGUGUGCGCAAUUAGCUUUCGUUGGUGAAAUUAUUCGAAAAUGAAGGUAAAGUGGUCCUAAUGAUGCGCUCGGCGGGAAAGAUUCAACGAAAUUUGGAAAAGUGAGGUGACGUGAAUGGCACAGCAUCAGUGCAUGUCAGUGGAGUGAAAUUGGGCGCAUUCGUGAAAACAAACACAUUUCAAUUUUGGAAAUUUGCAGUCGGUGGGCGCAGGCGACCGGACCGGAGUCAGUUCGAGCGGGAAUUCAGAAACUGUAAUAAGCACCUGCCAGCGACCCCAUCGAAAUGGAUGCUAAAACCCAACCAACCGCCCAGAAUUGGAUCGGCAAUGGCACCGAAACCAACCGCCAAACCCAUUAGCGUACUGAGUUGUGAAACUGCAGAAGGAGCUGCUCGCUCCGGAGGCCCGUAGUGCGUAGAGUGGAAAAUGCAACGCGAAACCGAAAGAAGAAAUAGAGCAGAGUUAUACCUUUUUUAAGUGAUCACCCGACCCGAGCCGCGAGUUGCAGUUAGUGAGUGAAGCUUAGUGUGUAUGUUAGCAAUAGGUUAGGAAAAGGCCAAUCUCGACAUCCUCGAGUCGUUUGCCGGUGAAAAAAUGCGAUGAAGAAAUUCAUUACAACCAAAUUGCGCGCCGUUGUUUCGGAUUCGGUUCAAGAGCAAACAUUGGAAGUGGAAAACGACGACGACGACGACGAAGAAGAAGAACACAAAGAAGAAGAAGACAUCGCGAAAAAUCACGUUGGCGGUGCUGGUAGUGGCAUUGUGGGAUUACAAUCAGCAGCAGCAGCAGCAGCACCGUCAUUAUCAUCGUCGCCGACGACGUCGGUCAUGACAUUGAAUUCAUCCACCAGUAAGCACCACCAGCAGAGGAAGCAGCAGAGUUGCUCUAGCGGUGGUGGCAGCAUUAACGAUAAUAAUAAUAGCAAUAAUAACUACACCACCGGAAUGAUGACAGUGGAGGUUCCGCCUGGUGGUUCCCCAAAAUUGGUGCAACAGAAGCCGCAGACCCAUCAGCAUGGCAUUAUAACCAUCGGUAGGCCGCAACCACCGAAGGCGAUAUCAACGGCGGUGACAACGACGACGUCUUCGGUGGUAGGGCAGCAGAAAAGUGGCGGAAGCUUAGCAAAGCCAGCGACGGCGACGACGACAGCUGGGCAAGUCAAGAUGUGCGGCUAUCUGAAAAAGAAGAGAAAUAAGAUGGGUGGCUGGCGGAAGAUGUACUUCAUCCUGCAGAACCAGCUGCUGCUUUCCUACUCAUCGAAAGACGACUACGAGAAGAAGCUCGCCCCCUUCAAGGACAUCAUCAACCUGGUGCCGGGGACGGUCAUCAUUCCGACGACCGGGCCCCGCUUCACGAUCGAAACCAACUCCAAGGUGCUGUACACGUUCCGCUGUGACGAUCAUAAAAGCUGUUCCGAGUGGAUCACCGCAUUGCUGGACAGUCUCAAGGGUGAAGGCGGCGUCGAUAAAAAGUUCAGCAGCAGCAGCAGCCAUCACGCACUGCACGGCGCGCGAAACGGCAACCUGCAUCACCAUCUGACCCGGCGCUCGCUGUCUUCCCUGUCGUCGUCAUCGUCGUCGACGUCCUCCACGUCCACCUCGGCGUACGCCACCGAUGACCCGUCCAAGAUGGCCAUUACCUCGAUACGGCGAUUGCAGCAGACCAGCAACCUUCUGCACCCGGCGUCUCAACCGUCCCAACAACGCCAGCAGCAGCAGACCUCCCUUUCGGCGCCGAACUUGUUCUACGGUUUCGGCAGUAACGGGAGCGCAAGUGCAACUGCGAACGGUGCAACGGUGACAAGUGCCAUCAUCAGCAGCAAUAGCAGCAACGUAAAAAUGGGCAAAUUGGUGCAGCUGCCCAUCGCCGGUGGCACUGCGAGGCUGCUGGAGAGGGGCGGCGGUGGGGCUGCCACCGCCGGAAUUAACGGACAGAAGAUGUACAAGAUACUGACCAUUAACGAGGAUGAAGAUGAUGGGGAAAACGAUGAAAAGCCAAUACCCGCACCGGCAGCAGCAGCAUCAAACCCAACCUCGACGGCGCGUGGUUUCAGUAACGGUAGCGCAAGUCGAGGGGACCCAUCGUCGACGGGGAUCAAAGGGACGACCGCCCUCGCUCCUCCGCCGUCAACCGCAGAGGAAACUCCGGCGAAGAAUGCCGUCAAAAUCAGACCGACGACGACGACGGCGGUGGCUGCAGUUACGGUUAAGGUUGGUGAAAAGCCAUUGAAGGAACCAUUAGGCAAGGCGACAGCACCAGCGGGAUGGCGGGGAGCGGACGACGAACUGUUCAACAGCAACUUCCGACUGCACACCAAUCUGGGAAGAAUGCAUCAGUCCGUUGACGUGUGUCGGAUCAACAGUAUGUUCGGUGGCGGGAAGCAGCUCGCCUCGUCGUCGUCGCUGCUGUCGUCAGUUGCACCGGGAAAGCGAUUAAACAAUAACGAAGUGGAUAGCAAAACUGUCACCAUUAUUGGCGAUAGCAGCAGUAACAGCUUGGCCGCAAGUACCGGUGAUCUGCGCACCAUCAACAGGACUAUUAUUGCCAAAGGCAACGGAAACGGCAACGUGAUUUACAACAAUCUGCGGGGAACCCGCGCAGGAAGUGCAACAGAUCUGCGGAGAAACCCGCGAAUGGACUUGGUAGAAGUGGGAUCGACGAUGAUGGACCCGAAACCGCUGAAGGAUAUCAACCACAAUAAUUUGUCGAAAUGGAGCGCCGAAAGCAUCACGAUUGAACUGACGGCAAAUGGCUACAAUCUUACCGGCACCGGCAUCAAAAGCGUUGGCUCGACGGAUACGCUUUACCAGCGGAAGCUCAAUGCCACCACGCAGACCGGCUCGCGAUCCGUUGUUGAAUCACGAAAUCUCAGCCGGAGUAACAGCCACAGUAGCAGUUCUCAUCCCCCAAUGUCAUUAUCACCGUUCUCAUCGGCAUCCUCUAGUCAACAGAAGUCACACGGCGGGCAGUUCAGUAGUAAAAUCGACAUCUACCGCACGGGGUCCUCUCCGGAAGCGCAACCGGCAGUUCAUCUCAAUUCCGUUAAGAGAAAUCAUUACGAAGAAAUUGGAAGCGGCACUACACCGAAGCAGGGCUCUCUGAUGGUGGAACCCAUUUACGCGGUGGUAGAUUUGAAGGUGAAGAAAGCACGACGACUUAACCAGCGCAAGGAGCCCGAUUCGUUGGGCUCCGUUGAUGAUGGGACCGAAGAUGACGAGCAUAGCAUCAAGGUAGACAUGGUGCGCGACACAGAAACGGGGCGACUGAAGGAAAAGUCCAGGAGUACUAAUUUAUUGCCGAUCGGUGCAAGCAACUUCGUUGGAAGCAAUGACUAUGAAGAGUUAAACGAACUUAUUGUGGAGAGCUUCGUGAACUUUGGGGAUGACCCGGAUGACUCCAACGAUGGGGAAAACAUUUACGAGCCGAUCAACAUUCCGGAAGGUCCAUUAACGUUGUCUUCUUCCUCCCUGCCAUCGGGUCAAUCGACGACCAGUUCGUCCCAAAUGAACAAUCUGUGGCGUAACUUGAAGAAAAUGAACCUCAAUCACCUGAUCAAGCGAUCGGGCAUGCAGGACCAACCAAACCAAAGACCCGCCGUCGCUGCCGCUGAUGACGAUGAAUCAACCGCAAAACCGUCCACGGCAUUCAGCGAAUUCAGCAAGAAGUUCGGUCACCACCGUAGAUCGAUCAAAAACAAAAUGCGCGGUCUGUACGAACGUGGUCAAUCGGUGGAGGCUCCCGCCAAAGUGGGAUCCCAACCGGAUGAGAAGCAGCAGCUUCGCGUCAAGGGCGCAGCCGAAAGCCGACAGCACAUGUUUGGGAGCACGUUCGGGCGGAACAAGAAGUCCCGAAAGUCGCUCUCGUUCGAUGAUUUCAUACCGCGUAAGAAGCAGCACCACCAUCUGAACGGGGUGGGAGUGAUCUGCAAGUCGGACAAGGCCAACAACGAGAAGCUGCACAAGGAGCUGAAGCGGCAGCUAUCGAAGCGAUCGACCAGCAGCAGCGGAGGCGAAAGUAGUCUGAACGACGGUAAGAAGGGCGGUAUCGAGCUGUAGAGAAGCAACCAGGUGCGGGUUGUGUUAACUGUUUUUAUUUUAUCGAUGUUAAAAUUGUCAGUCACAAUGUUUUUAAUGCUAGUAAUAAAACCAAAAAUCUUGCGUUGAGUACGAUAGUAGUAAACCAAAAAAAUAA